AUGGAAAUCUUUGUCUUCGGAGAUCAAUCAACCGAUUCCUUCUCGUCCCUUCGCAGCCGCGAUGCUCUGGCGCGGCCCAUUGCGCAGGAUUUCCUGGUCCAAGUCAAUGCCGCCUUGCGUCGGGAAAUCGGCCGGCUGUCCUCGUGGGACCGGCAGCGAGUGCCAGCCCUGGGGAUGCAGGCCAAUGCCCUGCAGGACUGGCUGCCACGGGCUACCACCGAUCCGGUCCUGCGUCCGGUGCUGACGGUGGCAGCCCAAAUCGUCGAGUUUAUCUGCCCGACCCAUCGAAUAACCCUGGGCUCCUGUACUGGUCUUCUCGUUGGGGCAGCCACUGCCACUACUGCGUCCUGGUCCCUGACAAGGUGGCUUCCGUUGGCGGUGCAUAUCGUGGUCAUUGCAUUCCGACUUGGCCUUCACACCGCCGCUGUUGGGGAGACCCUCACAGGCACCGAUGCCGGGGGCCCGCAAAAAAGCUGGUCCAGCGUCGUCCAGGCAACCUUGGAUCCACCGGUGCUGGCCGAUUAUCACACGGCCGCCCCAUCCACAAGUACUGACCUUGAGAAGAAUGUCCCUAUACCACUCCAGGCCUAUAUCAGUGCGAGAGCUCCCCUGUCAACCACAAUCUCGGGCCCGCCAGCAAUAUUACAAGGGCUUUUCUCCUCCCCGGGAUUCCAUGCCACGGGAUGCUCCCCUCGACCCCUCCCGAUCUUCGCCCCCUAUCAUGGCCCUCAUCUGCAUCAGGAUGCGGAUCUGGAUUGGAUCACUGCCUUGGAUGAGCACGCGGGAAGACAAACAGUUGGCAGUUAUACCCCAUCAGGGACCCUUAUUUCCAGCCGCAAUGCAAGCCCAUUCAAAAACAAGGAUAUGGCCGGGCUCCUACGCGAAGUCGUUCAGGAGAUACUGAGCGACACCCUGCGAUGGGACUUCGUCACUUGGCAGAUGGUCAAGAUGGUGCCGAUAGACGCUCGUGUCGGGAUCACCGUUUUCGGUGCCUCCCCCCUUGGAGAGAGUAUAGCAUCCAGCCUGCGAGCUACCGGGAAGCGCAGGGUGUCACUGGACCCGGCCAUGCAUAUCCCUUCUGUUCAAGAGCGCCCGUCCCCAAUGCAGAAGAUAGCUAUUGUGGGAAUGUCUGGUCGGUUCCCUGACGCAGACACGAUCGGUGAGCUCUGGGACAUUCUAUUUCAGGGGCUGGACGUCUAUACGACCGUGCCCAGCGAUCGCUUCGACAUCUCCACCCACGUCGAUCCUACCGGCAAGAAGGAGAAUACCAGCACCACCCCGUAUGGAUGCUUUGUCAAGAACCCCGGGCUUUUCGACCCAUCAUUCUUCUCCAUGUCACCACGAGAGGCUCUGGUCACGGAUCCCAUGCAGCGCCUGGCUCUAAUGACUGCCUACGAGGCGUUGGAGAUGUCUGGAUUUGUUGCCAACCGGACCCCGUCGUCCAUGCUGGAUCGUGUGGGCACAUUCUACGGUCAAGCUCUCGAUGACUACCGAGAGGUCAAUGCAGCGCAGAACAUUGAUCCGUUUUAUGUAACCGGUGGUGUUCGUCCGUUUGGUCCGGGCCGGAUCCAUUACCAUUAUAAAUUCACAGGCCCCAGCUACUCCAUCGACACGGCGUGCUCCUCAAGCCUGGCUGCCAUUCAUCUGGCUUGCAGCUCAUUGCGGAGCAAGGAAUGUGACAUGGCCGUCGCCGGUGGGACCAACAUCAUCACCGGGUCGGACAUGUACGCCGGCUUGAGUCGAGGCCACUUUUUAUCCCCAUCCGGCUCCUGCAAGACCUUGGAUGAAGACGCCGAUGGCUACUGCCGCGCCGAUGCAGUCGGGACUGUUGUCUUGAAGCGUCUGGAAGAUGCCGAGGCCGACAACGACCCUAUCCUGGGUGUGAUUCUGGCGUCGGGGACCAAUCACUCGGCCCUAGCCAGCUCCAUCACGCAGCCCCACGGCCCAACGCAGAGAUUGUUGUACCGGUCGGUUCUCACUGACGCUGGGGUCUCUCCCUCAGCCAUCGACUACGUGGAAAUGCAUGGAACCGGCACCCAAAUUGGGGACAGCACCGAGAUGGGCUCCGUGGCCCAAGUAUUUGGAGACGAAAGCCGUCCCGAGCCCCUUUACGUGGGAUCGAUCAAGGCGAAUGUGGGCCAUGGUGAAUCUGCAGCUGGGGUCACAGCCGUCAUCAAAGGGUUGUUGAUGUUCAGGAAGAACCUCAUUCCACCACAUGUGGGCGUGAAGAACCGGCUCAACCAGAGGUUUCCUCCUCUAGAUGAGAAGCAGAUUCAUAUUCCCGGCCGGAACAUCGCCUUCGCGCCUCGGACGCACCGUCGAAGACGUAUCCUCGUGAAUAACUUUGGUGCUGCGGGUGGAAACACCGCCCUACUUUUGGAGGAACCCCCCGUGAAAACAAACCCACCAUUAACAGGGCACAGGGUGGUUUAUCCGAUUGCGGUCUCAGGCAAAACCCCGACAUCCUUGGUGCGAAACAAGAAACGUCUGGUGGACUUCCUCAGCAGAAACACGGAUACCUCUCUGGCAGACCUCUCCUACACCACGACCAGUCGGCGGCGUCACUACCGCCAUCGAUUUAUUGCAGUCGCAUCGACGGUGGGCGAUGUACAGACGGCAUUGGCAGGACCAGCAGGGGAAUGCCAUGCCGAGGAGCCCACUCUCAUUUUUGCAUUUACCGGCCAAGGGAGUAUCUACACGGGGGUGGCCCAGCAUCUGUUCAAUGCGUGCCGGAGCUUCCGCACCGAUAUCGUCCGCUUUGACUCUCUGGCCCAGGCCCACGGACAGCCCUCAUUCCUCGGCCUCUGGGAUCCUACCGUCAAUAGAGAUACUCUGUCCGCCAUCCAGACACAAGUGGGUCAAGUCUGUAUUCAAAUGGGUCUCUACCACUUGUAUCGGUCCUGGGGGGUGACGCCUCAGGCGGUGAUCGGCCACAGCCUGGGGGAAUACGCGGCGCUCUAUGCGACGGGAGUGCUGUCGGCCAAUGACACCAUCUUCGCCGUGGGUCGGCGUGCAGAGAUCAUGGAGCGAUACUGCACGCCGGGCAGUCAUCGGAUGCUGGGCGUCGGAGCACCCCUCUCAACGGUACAGGAUGUGAUUAAGGGCACCCAAGCGGAGGUGGCCUGCAUCAACGGGCCCAGGAAUGUCGUCCUCGCGGGGCCGGCUGGCGACAUUGAAGCCGCUUCCAGUGUCCUGUCGAACAAAGGCAUCAAGUGCAUCUCGUUGCCAGUUCCGUUCGCCUGCCACUCUGCUCAGCUGGAUCCUGUCAUCGAGCCAUUUGAAAUGGUGGCGGAAAAGCUGGAGUUCCAUGCACCACGUAUUCCGCUUCUCUCCCCUCUGCUUGGUGUUGAAAUUCGAGAGACAGGCGUGUUGAAUGCACGCUAUCUCGCUCGCCAUCUGAGAGAGACGGUCGACUUUGUUACUGCGUUAGAAAGCUCUACACUGGUGACGACGGGUUCCGACGUGCAGUUUGUCGAAUUGGGUCCCCAUCCGUUGUGUUGUUAUAUGAUCCGGAAUGUACUAGGCAAGACGGCCAUUCCAUCAUUGCGAAUGAAUGUCAACUCAUGGAAGGCCGUAUCUGAGAGUGUCGCGUCCCUGUACAUGAAAGGGGUGGACAUCGCCUGGGAGCAGUACAACCGAGAUACUGCUCCCUCGAGCAUCUGUCUCUCCACCCUUCCCGCGUAUGCCUUUGACGAGCGCAACUAUUGGAUCGACUAUCAAAACGAUUGGGCUCUUACCAAAGGGCGUGUUCCCCUUGCGGCCAGUAUACCAUGCGGACCUGCGACAACGUCUGUCCAGCGCCUGGUGCGGGAAGCCUUGGAAGCAGAUCCCCCCAUUGUUGAAUUUGAGUCGGAUUUGAACCACCAGGGGUUUAGCGAGGUCAUUACCGGCCAUGCCAUCAAUCAAGUCGGCCUCUGUCCAGCGUCUCUGUUCGUUGAUAUGGCCUUGACAGCAGGCAAAUACCUUUACGAGCAUACAGUUGCCCGGGAAGGAUUGGAUGUUUUGGGGCUGGAUGUCGCCGACAUGGAGAUGGUAUCGCCCCUAGUUCACCGAGCAGACGCGGAGCAGAGGCCCGGAGUGGUCCGGAUCACCGCAACCUUGAACGAGGACGCCGUUGACGUCCACUUCUCUAAUAGCCGGCAGACCGGGGUGGCAAGGGCUGUGUAUGCUAAAUGUAGGGUUGUCCGGCAAGAUGUCGCCAAGGUCGGUCGACAAUGGCAACGCAACAAGCAUCUCCUCAGCUCGCGGAUUGCCGACCUGCAGUCCAUGUCUCAUGUCCAUCGACUUCAUCGCGGCAUGGUCUAUAAGCUAUUUGGGGCCGUGGUGAACUACUCCGAGCACUUCCACGGCAUUGAUGAAGUCUGGAUGGAAAGCACCCACUACGAGAUUGUUGCCCGGAUCUCGCCCAAGAAUUCUCAAUCGGGUCAAAAUUCCUUCUGCAACCCGUAUUGGAUUGAUAGUGUCCUGCAGCCAGCGGGCUUUGUCUUGAAUGCGAAUGGGACGGUCAACACGAGCAAGGUGGUGUAUAUCUGCAACGGGUGGGAGUCGGUGCAUGUGGCCGCGGAGCUGUCCAGCCAGCACGAAUACACGAUCUAUGUGAAGAUGGAGCCAGGCGAGGGCACCGCCAUGGUUGGCGAUCUAUAUAUUCUUCACAGGCAAGAGAUCAUUGGGGUCGGCCUGGGCAUCAGGUUCCAAGCCCUUCCGAGGCCGUUGCUUCAACUGCUACUCGGACCAUCCCACAGGUCGCCCUAUCCGGAACCGGUCCUUUCAUCUUCAGCACAAGCUUCCAAGUCGAUCUCCCACUCCAGUGAGCACCAAUCCACUCCACCCGCGUCCGAAUGCCAAAGCGUGGCCGAUCAACAUCAUCGGGCGGACCAAAGCACCCCGGAUUUGGUGCGUCGGAUUCUCUGCGAGGAGCUUGGGAUAAGUUCUGCGGAUCUGGAUCCCAAUGCUAUCCUGACAGACCUGGGGGUCGAUUCUUUGAUGUCGCUCACUAUCCUGGGCCGUCUCCGGGAAUUCUGUUCGCUGGAUAUACCGCCGACUUUCCUGGCGGGAAGCCGCACAAUCGCGCAGCUCUUCCAAACCCUAGACGGCCAGUCUGUGCAGAAGACAGCCCCUACAAAACCGCUCACGCAGACGCCAACCACUUCCAAUCCUAGCCAUCGCGCAACAUCCAUCUUGCUGCAAGGGAAAGUUCAUACCACCACACGCCGGCUUUUCCUCUUUCCUGGGGGCUUCGGGAGCUCCGCCACGUUCGCAACCAUGCCAUCCAUCCACCCUUCCCUUGCCGUGUUCGGGCUGAACAGCCCCUUUACUCAUUGCGCAGAGGACUUCACAAUCGGGAUUCCGGAAUUGGCGGCCCUCUACCUGGUGGAAAUCCGACGCCGGCAACCUCACGGUCCGUAUUCCUUCCUCGGCUACUCGGUAGGCGGCAUCAUCGCCUACGAGGCCUGCCGUCAGCUCGUCAUCGAGGGAGAGACGGUCGAUCGACUGUAUCUGGUGGACUCACCGUGCCCCUUGGCCAUCCCUCCGAUGCCUCCGAAAUUGAUCCAAUUCCUGGACUCCAUAGACCGAUUCGGCGGCACGUCCAAGGAAGGCGAGCAUCGGGAGCCCGUAAGGCCGAUGGGGUCCCUUCACAUCACACAGACGCUCGUCAGCCUGGAACCGUAUAUGCCGGCGCCGCUGCCGAUUCAUUCGUGCUCCACACGGACAACAUUGUAUGUCGCUAAACAUGGUGUCAAUCAGCAGUCCGGAGUGCAGGUGCCGGAUUUUUCCGAGCGGGAUCGACGGGUGGUGACAUGGUUGCUGGAGGAUCGGACCGAGUUGGGCGCGAUGGGAGCCGGCUGGGAGACCCUUGUGGAUCCUGCCCGGUUGACGAUUCUGCCAGUCAAUGGGAAUCAUUUCAAUAUGAUGAGAGAGCCCCAUGUACGAGAGUGGGUGGACGAGCUGCGGGCAUCCUACUUCGUUCCAUAACUGUCUUCGCUUGGAUCGGGAAGCUGGGGAGUCCCAUGCUUUGGAAGAGGUGGGGGCUGGCAGGGACCUCUCGAUGACUGAGAACUAUGGCUACUUAUCGCGAUGGCUCAGAUGAAUGGGAUUAUACCUCGGAGUCUCUGGAAGAAUGUCAUCGAUCUUGAUACUAGUAAGUUUCCUGCGCCUCAUCAAGA